AUGGUUCGAACUGGACUUUUGAACUGGACCGGAAAACGGUUCUCGGUUCUAGGUCUUCCAGAACGGUCCCGUUCUGUCGGUCUCCACAUCAAACUGCUGUCUUCGGGAUUUGCACUAUUGGUUAAUCAGGCUACCUUCAGCCUUUUCAAGGCACCUUUGAUUUGCGUCCCACCAAUCAUCCGGACUGAACCAUCACUCAGCUCCAUCUUGCUGUUGUCCACCCACAAAUUACAGGUACCCUCAGCUCCUGUUGCCAAUAAACCCAGCCUAUUCCCUACCUCAUCUACUCCACAAAUAACCACCACCACCGCACCUACCACGUCAUCUACACCCUCCAUACUGGACUUUUUUGCUAAGCCAAUUGCACCAUUGACGCCUGCACCUGCAGCUCCUUUGUUUUCUUUUGGUCCCAUGCCUGCACAGCUGCUCAUCAAGCACGGAAACCAACCCAGUGUACUACCUUCCUCGACGCCAACAUCUACAUCAACACAAGCUAACCCACCAUCAAUAUUUAGUACCACUUUGAGCAACGCUGCUCCAACUUCUGCCCCAUCCACACCUGCACCGCUGAAGUUUGACUUUGGCAAGAAGCCUGCGAGCACGAUCCCAAAGCCUACUGCUGCACCUUCCCCUACCACAACUGUUGCCAACACCGCAAAACAGACUUGCCCUUUAUUCACAGUUUUCGGCAGCUGCUCCCCAACCCAGUCCCCUGGGAGCGAGUUCACAUGGCCUGAUCAUUUUCAUGAAGGCUGCUUACCAUAA